GGUUUUGACGAGGACAAGCCUUUUGAGGACCCCGAAGUCCGUCGUGGGUUCAUCCGCAGAACCUACAGCAUCCUACUGCUCCAGCUUGUCAUCAUGUUCGGAUGGGUGGCGGUCUGCUCUUUUGUGAUUGAAGUCAAGGUGUGGAUCAGAUGUCACCCGUUUAUCCUGUUCAUCUUCCUGGGCAUGUACCUGGUGGUGAUCGUGGUGAUGUGUUGUUUCUCGUACAUGAUGAUGUACCCGCCCUACAACUACGGGAUGAUAUCCUUGGUGUUCCUGGUGAUGGACACCCAGAGCCUGAUGUCCGGCAAGCGUUACUCACUCCGGCCAGACAUGCACGUGUUCGCGGCCACCUUGCUCUUUGUGGACGUGGUGGUGCUCUUCCUGAACAUUCUGAACAUUGUGGGGUCUCAGGUGGAUUAGGAGGUGGGAGCAGGAGGUAUGGCACAGGUACACGCACAGGUGGGAGGAAGAAUGAAGCUAGAAAAGCUCUCUGUUGCGUCGUUUUUAAAUACACGUUUGCUGGCAAUGUUUUCAUCACUUUAAUUUACAUCUGGAGUGAAAUAAGAAAGUUCUUCGCCCAGUUCAUCGUGGAAAAAGAACAUCUGUGAUCCUUGCUGUCCUGAAAAAAGUACAUCGUUCAAAACGAAACAUCGUGAAAAUAAAAUAUACUUAAAUUUGACUGAAGUUUGGGAAAUGAAAGAACCUUUAGCUUCUGCCAUCGUGGAAACAGAAUGUCCUUGACCCUUAUCACUGUAGUGGAAAUAGAAGGACCUUGAGCUUCUGCCAUCGUGAAAAUAGGACGGAAAACAAUGUUCUCAGCUUAGCAGUCCUGUGUUGUCACACAGCAAAAGGCCGUUGUUCUCUGAUUCCUAUCAGAAUGUUUUACCAUGGGUUCAUCCGUAUCAGUCUGUGCAUCAGUCACACUUUGCGUGUCGAAAGCUUGUGUGAGUACGCAGCAGGCUUUUACAGGCUGAAGGAAAAAAAUAAAGACUGUCUGAUCUCA